AUGGACCACAACUUCACUACUGGCACUCUACUAGCUGGUGUGGUCCUCAGUAUAUGUGCUGCUCUGCUAUGGACAACAUCCGGGUUCAUCCAGUUUGCUUAUCAAGAGGAGAAAUACAAGGCUAUGUAUAUCACCUUGCAAUGGAUCCUCACUUCAAGCGGAAGUACAGUAGGUGCUCUGAUCGCAUUUGGCGCCAAAAUGACUGGCGGCGAACAGCCUGGUGUAUCUAGUGCUGUCUAUAUUGCAUUCAUUGUGGUCAUGACCGUCGCGAUCGUUGGGGCAUCCAUUUUCAUAAUCGAUCCAGGGAAUGUUGUUCGAGAUGAUGGCCGACAUAUUGCUACAUUUGAAAAGGCAACAGUCAAAAGAGAGGUCUUGGGUGUUCUAUCUGUGAUAACUGAUCCGAAGAUUAUAAUUAUUCUGCCGGCCAUGUUUGUUGCUGAAAUGUGCUUAGCGAUGACCAGCAACAUCAACGCUUACUACUUCAAUAUACGAACGCGAACCCUGAAUAACGUGCUAUUCCAAGCAAUAAUGAUAUCGACUCCGCUUUUACUCGGCUAUAUACUCAAUAAUGAAUAUGUCAAACCCCGAAAGCUGCGCGGUGUAAUGGGCACUACCUUCGUGGCCUUGAUUACCAUGGGUGCUACCUGUAGCCUUCUUGCCUGGAUAAUGAAAAAUCAAGUCAAUCAAGAGGGGUCAUUCUCCGUCGAUUGGACCGAUAGCAGCUUUGCUGCAGGUCUGGUCCUUUAUAUCCUAUUCGGCAUUGUUUACGGGUGCUUCCAGCUCUUUGCGCCCGCUACGCCGGUGCAUUUAAAGGGAAUGUCCUUCCGAGAUCAGAUUAUUAUGCAGCUGGCACUAUACCUCGCAGGUAUCUUCGGUCUGUACUAUGCAAUAAUCGUCUAUGUCCGGCAAACAAACUACUUCGUCGAAGAAGGUGUUAUUGUACCAACAGAGAUGGAGAACACUUUGGAACAAGGAGAAGAAUGA